UUUACAGAGGAGGUGUGUGUGUGUGUGUGUGUGUAUCUUGUCUGGGGCGCCUUAUCUUUUUGUUGUCUCUGAUGUUUGCUAGAUGCAACGAGAAGCGCACGCUCACCUGAUGUGAUUCUUACAACUGCAGGACGACACAACCGGACAGUCGAGCUGCAUCCUGGACCUGAAGAGGAAGAAAUACAAGUGAGGGAGGCGUCUCUCAGGUGGGAUGCGUGCUGUGAAGAAGGUGGAGCAGGUGGAGUCUGCAGGCUCCUCUGAGGACCUGAACACACACGCUGCAACACAACCAAAGUCCAGAUCCGGCGCCGUACAGCCCAACCUGUCUCGCUGCGCCGCCUGCUACAACCACAAGGCGAGCUCCAUGCUUCGUUGGGGGGGCGACGCCGAGUCCAGCUCCGAGUACGAAGACUCUGGACCGGAGGACGAGCCGGAGUCGGAGGCCGAGUCCAGCUCCAGCAGCAGCUGCUCUGAGAAGGUUUCAUCUGAGCCUGGAGGACGAGAGGAGAGCCAGGAAGAUCACAGCAGGGCGAAGCAGGACCUGCGCUCCCUCCCCACUCCUCACCUCACCCCCCAGCACCUCCUGCCCCGCCCUCACACAGUCGUCUCCACCCUCCACCUGGAGGUGUUGUCCCAGAACAACGAGGACGUCGCCAAACAGCAGGAGAGCACAUGGGGAGGUCACGGAGGAGGGCGAGAGGGAAUCAACGACGUGACGCCUCCGCAAGUGUUUCCGUGGCAGCAGAUGGGGUUACCAUGGCAAACAACACAGCUGUUGUCAUACCAACAACAACAACAACCACACCAGCUGUUGCAUCAACACCAACAACAACAACACUUCCCUCCUCUCUCUGCUCAGGGUCAGAGGUUACCGCCACCCCUGCACACACCUCCUGUUCCUCACCCCCUGACGCUCUACUCCCCCUUGCACACACCUCCUGUUCCUCACCCCCUGACGCUCUACUCCCCCCUGCAGGCCCUGAAUGCACCGCAGACGUAUCUGCAUGCUCCCGCUGCACAACCACACUCGUACAUCUCCAGUAGGAACUUUCCUUACAUGUACGAGACUCAUUAA